AUGAAGAUGCACGCUGGUGUCAGUGGUGGUGGCAGUGGCAUGAAGGACCACGACUCGCUUCCGCCCCAUCGCAGGCUAUACACCUUCGAUCAGGACAACCCUUACAUCUUCACGGGCUACAGAGCGUUUCUCACAUACCGGCAAUGUCUCAUGACGAUAUGUGGCUUGCACAAUGAGCUGCUCAACAUCUGGACACACCUCCUCGGCUUCAUUUGGGGCUUCUCUGCGUUUGUGUGGAACAACGCCGUUCUCUUUGCCAAGGAUCAGACGCAGCCCAUCGUGGACGCGGAUGGUGCUCCAACGGAUGCCGCCCAACUCGAGACAGAUCGCUUUGUCCUCAACGCAUAUCUCAUCUGCGUUCAGGCCUGCUUGCUCGCAUCUGGGCUGUUUCAUCUGUUUCUGCCGCACAUCAGUGAGAAGACGAGCCUGCGCUGGCUGCAGCUUGAUCUCCUGGGCAUCACCUUUGGCAUGCUCGGCUGCUAUGUCCCGGGCAUCCACUUUGGCUUCUAUUGCAUGCCGGACGUGCGAUGGUUCUACACGGUCGUGUGCGGGUUUAUGUUUGUGAUCAACCUCCUCAUGCAGCUGCACAAGGACUUCCUCUCCCACCGCUGGGCCAUGAAGCGCGUUCUCCUCUACGCCUGCACCCUCGGCUUUGGGCUGAUACCUGUGGUGCACUGGACGACGCUGCCGCACGACGAUCCUGAGGAGCUUGGUGUUUUCCUGCCGCGCGUCCUCAUAUCGUAUGCGCUCAUGAUCAUCGGCGUCGCAUUCUACAUCUCCCGCUUUCCAGAACGCGCAUGCCCAGGAUCGUUUGACAUCUUCUGCUCGUCACACCAGUGGUGGCACACGUUUGUGCUGCUGGCGUUUGUGUGGUGGUACCGGUCAAGCGUCACCCUCUUUGAAUACCGCCAGCAGCACCCCUGCCCGGCACCCUAG